GCGUCGCGCCGCAGAGUGCGAGCCCGGCGUGAACCGAGGAGGAAGCGCAGCCCGUUCGGCCUCUCUUUGCUUCUGUCCCUGACAGAGGACGAGCGAACCACCGUCCACCUGUCGUAUUCUCUCAUCAGCAGGACGGGGAAACCGUACAGAACCGUGUGCUCGCGUGUUUUUGGAGUGUUUUUCAAUACAAAGCCUCCAUGGAGUCUAAUGGGAGGAGAGAGCAGCUGAAGACGAACCCCAAACACUGAGACCGUCUACACGAGGAUCCGAGCUGUCCCACUAUGGAGCUCAGCAGACUGGUGACUUUCUGGAUUGUAUUUAUAUGCUUCUUGUUGGAAUGUCGAGCCAAUCAAGUAAGCCCAGACCCCUUACCAUCAGACAACGGCGGCUCAGAGCUCUGCCGCAUUGAUGAGCUUCUAUGCCAGGAUGAGAUCGCCAUCCUCAGUUUUGAGGCCAUCCGCAGCAUUCACAAGCAAAUGGACGAUGAUGCCAAUGGAAAUGUGGACGUUGCGGAAACCGAUGGGUUUUUAAGAGAGGACCUCAACUACCAUGAUCCCAAAGCCAAGCACAACAGUUUCCACGGUGACGACCAACUCAUAAGCGUGGAGGACCUGUGGAACGCCUGGAAGAGUUCGGAAGUGUACAAUUGGACAGUGGAUAAGGUUGUGGUGUGGCUUAGCGACUACGUCGAGCUGCCACAAUAUGAAGAAGCCUUCCGGAAAUUGAAUUUCAAUGGUACCUCCAUGCCCCGAUUGGCAGUGAAGAAUGUCACUCUGACACAGACCGUCCUGAAGAUUUUGGACCGGAGUCACUUUCAGAAACUACAGCUCAAGGCUCUGGAUACGGUUCUGUUUGGAGCUCCUAUGUUGAACAGGCAUAACCAUCUGAAGGACUUCAUGCUGGUGGUGUCAAUAGUCAUCGGAAUGGGAGGCUGCUGGUUCGCUUACAUCCAGAACCGGCACUCUAAAGACCACAUGAAGAAGAUGAUGAAAGACCUGGAGAGCCUCCACCGGGCGGAGCAGAGCCUUCACGACCUACAGCAGAAGCUACAGAUCGCUCAGGAGGAGCAUCGUUCAGUGGAGGUGGAGAAGGUAAACCUGGAGCAGAAGCUCAGGGACGAGAUCAACGCUGCCAAACAAGAAGCGCAGAGACUGAAGGAGCUCAGAGAGGGAACUGAAAAUGAGCUGAGCCGACAGAAAUAUGCAGAAGAGGAGCUGGAGCAGGUGCGUAUGGCCCUGAAGAAGGCAGAGAAGGAGCUAGAGUCUCGCAGCAGCUGGUCUCCGCCUGAAGCUCUGCAGAAAUGGCUACAGCUCACUCAUGAGGUGGAGGUGCAGUACUACAACAUCAAGAAACAGAAUGCAGAGAGACAACUGCAGGUGGCCAAAGAGGGGGCAGAAAAGAUUAAGAAGAAAAGAAAUACUUUGUUCGGGACGUUCCAUGUGGCACAUAGUUCUUCACUGGAUGACGUGGAUCACAAAAUACUUGCAGCCAAGCAAGCUCUAGGUGAGGUGACGGCAGCUUUGAGAGAGAGACUCCAUCGUUGGCAGCAGAUUGAGAUCUUAACAGGCUGCACGCUGGUCAAUAACCCAGGCCUGCCCUCUCUGGCCUCUGCUCUUAACUUGGACCCCAGCUUCAUGGGCGGCCGCGGCACACCCCAGCACUUCAUGUCCGAUGACAUGGAUGACAUGGACGAGGACAUAGUGGCACCAGGAACACUGCAAUAUGCAGCGUGGCUAAUGGGCCGCCGAGCAAGUGAUCUCUGGUCUUUGAAUUCGGAUUGCCAGUCGUUUUGGAAGUACUCUGCUCCCAGUAUGAUGUCACUCCGGCAACGGCACAUUGACCCGCAGCUGGCCAUGGGUUCGCAGAGGUUGGUAGAGAGUUGUCUCGCACUUGGUGGGCAGGAAGGGGAGGGUAGCUUGUACUCAUCCAGGUCUAGGACGGCGCUACGCCAGGCGCGCAGCCAAUCUUUUGGGCAGUUUGAUGCUCCGGGACUGCCUCCUCUUUCCUCAGCAGUGUCACAUCCCGCUAUCUACUCCGCUGCCUCAUCCCACGCUCCCCACUCCUCUUCCAUCGCUACUGCCCCUCAUGCAUCCCACUAUCACUCUUCACAUUUCCAGCCCAUGGACACCAUACCAGACCUCCCCUAUGAUGCCAGCCCAGAGCGCCCCCGCCGUUCCGGCAGCUAUGGGGACUUGAAUCGCUCCGACUCUGAUUCCUCCUUGUGUAUAUCCCAGACUGGCGAGCAGCUACGCCUGUCCUACAGUUCCAAAGGCUUCCCUGUGAAGCCCACUUCACUUCUGCAUGGGCCCCAUUCACGCUCUGAAGAGGGAGCCCAGUCCCACACCCACAACGGAGGCAACAGAGUUCACGAUGGGGGCGCAUCUCCUGAUGGAGGUUCUGAUAGUCCCAUAUUAAUGAAGAAGGUGUAUGGCAUAGAGAAGUCCGCCAGUAUGAGCGAGAUCCAUGGCUCCCAGGCGGCGAUGUCCAUGUCAGAAUCCUCACGCUCCUUAAGCCCAAACUCCACUGAACCCGAUACGCCGUCCCCCACUGGACUGACUGGGGGGAAGGCCGGAAACCGCAUACCCCAGAUGUCCUCGAAAAAGAGCCCCCUAGAGGAGGACAGUGGCUCCACAGGUGAAGACACUGACUCUGCUGCCAGUCGCAAGAAACAUACCUUCAAGAUCUUCAAAAAACAGAAGAAAUAAGACAACUGGACAACUGUUUUGUUUUUCCCUUACAUUUCUUUUUGUUGUAUUGUUGAUAAAUGUUUUGAUUUUUUGAUUUUUUUUUUUUUUUUUUCCCUCCCCCUUCUAGUCAGAAGUUACGGCACAACCAAACACCUUCCGAGGUCUUUAUAGAAAUGUUUGCUUUUUCAGAGGAACACUUAGGAACAAGCAUGAUUUUGGGGGGUGGGUGGGAACAACACACCAGUGAGAAUGGGAUGGACUAUUUUUUGGGAAUGUAACGCAUUAUUUAUUCAGCAGGAGACAGUGCCAGACUUUCAAAGGAAUCUUCCCUCUGAUGGACUUUUCUUUCCUUGUAUAAUCCGUAUCAGUUUGCAUGUCUUCGCCUUUGUUUGAUUGAACUUUGAAUGCUCCUAGAUGUUUGCUUGGUUCUUGUUCCCCUUUGCUCAAAACGCGAAAUAGCCUGGUUCUUUCGUUUCUAUCAGCACACUAUUUUGUCUUUCAAGUUAAAACAAAUUGUCAGCUGAACGUUUAACGGUACUCUCCGAUAAGUGUUUGUCGAUGGUCAGAGAAACUGUAAAAGGGCUGAACUAUCAGUGUGAAACUCCCCUCAAAUAUGUUGCACUAUUUCUGAAUGUUGAUGUGUCGGUUUUGUAAAGAAAAUUUUGAAUAUGCUGGAAUACGCACUAAAACGUUUACACAAACCAAGACACUGAACGUAUCUCUAAGGCUUCAGGGAUUUCUAGUAUGUUAAAGAAGUACGCGAUUAGAAUAAUUGAUCAUUGUCGAUCAUUCCAAAUCAUUUAGAAAACACAAGGUGGUUUAUGAAUAUGCACAUCAAUGUUUGAACAUUUACUCUUAACCCUGCUGACUGUUUAUAACGACAUUAUUCAAAAUCCAAGUUCCCAUGAAAACAUGUCUUUUUUUUUUUUUUUUUUUGUUCAAAUUGCAAAGAGUAAUUGGCAGAUCUUGCUGCUUUGUAUUCAAAGUGCCAAACUAAAGCCGUCCAGAAAAUGUAUACACUUCCCGAAGGUUAUAUUUUGGUUUUGUUAGACCACUGAUCUGAGAUGUGAUCCUAAAUAGGUUUGCUACUAAAGGUGCAGAUUGUCCAAUUUGUGGUGGAAGGAUGGGUGGUCUACAUUUACUUCUUCUGACAUGUUUGAAAGAGAGCUUGGGUAUAUUUUAUUCCUGCUGAAUAAGGUCAUGUUAAUUCUUUGACCCAAAGUCAAAUCCUUGAUUUCAGGUGCUCUUUUAUAUCAUUUUAAAGCUAGACCACACGCAAUUGCUGUUAUAAUGGAACGACUUGCCUUUAAAUGGUCAGAUGUUCAAGCAGAUGGAUUUUACCACUGUGCAUUUUCAGAGGAAGUGGAGACCAGUCUCUGUUCUUCUCAUGGUUUACAUGAUGUUCACUUAGAUAAUUGUCUUUUUAUCCCAGAGCACUGAAAAUUACAAGCACACUUUCUGAAAAGAGAGGGGGUUAAGAAUUAAAAGCCUUGGUGAAGGAUGUCACUAUGCAUUUUAUUAGUUUUUACCCACAGGCUUUGAAGGUCCAGUGUAUCCACUGACCUGGAGGCAAACCAAAGCAGUGCUGCACGAAACAUCACCUGUUUCUUCUGUCAUUUCUUUUGUGAAAGAUGGUACAAAGACCACAUCCAAAUGUAUAUCAACCACUCAGUCUUUAACAGGUAUACAACUGUGCAGAUGUAUUUGUUUCAUCUGUGCCUCUUUUGCACGAAGAAGCUCUUUUGUCAGUGAGUAUGUCAGUGUGCGCGCGUCAGUCCGGUCCAGUAAACUGCACUUCACCGUGUUGAUGCAUGUUCUCAACACCAGUUCUCAAACACGGACGGGGGGAGACGGGAGCUGUUUUAGACUCUUUUCCCCCUUUAGAUUUUCCUGUUCACUUCUCCGUUUGAGCUAUUUAUGCCUAUACUGUACAGAGAGAGGUGGAGAAAAGUAAAAAUGAUAAUUUUGCAUCUUCUGUAAUGUUCAAAACUGUAGUCUUCAAAUUUUAUGGCACUCCUGCAUGAAAGCAAUAAAAAAGGUUUUAAAAUGA